CCUGCCAGCAUGAAACACCUGAAAUGACAAGACUGAUUUUUUUUUGGCUACUUGUGAAAUCAUAAGAGCACAGCACCUGCUAUGGAGUACAGCUAGAUGAUGUGAAGUAGCCUGUGCUGUCCCUGUCCAGGCUUCCCUCCCUGGUGCAGCCCUAAAAGGCAUCACAGGGGUUUUCUCCCCUCCUUUUAUGCCGUCAGUUUGACAUGAGUCUACUAUGAACCAAAGAAGACAUGAAGGGACAGAAAAUACAAUCUCUGCUCAUCUAUUUAUUUCAGAUUUGGGGUUUUGCAGAACAGGAAACAGUAACAGGACUGUUUUCCAAGGAUUGCAUUCUCCCCUGUCUUUUCCCACCUGGGGAUGAUGAAGUAAUUUACUGGAAGAAAGGGGACAAAUAUGUGCACAGCUACUACUACCAGACGGAUCAGCUGGAAGGUCAAGACCCAGAUUACAGACACAGAACGCACCUUUUCCAUGAGAAUAUUCCUAGUGGAAAUGCCUCCUUGAAACUUAGUAACCUGACCUUGACUGAUGAGGGCCCUUAUAAUUGCUAUGUGGGAACCCAGCAAACCAGAACAGAAGUGGAAGUCAUGCUGCACAUAAGAGUAUCCUCUUCUUAUGCAUUGGAAUACCAAAAGACAAACAAAGAAAGGAUGCUGAAGUGCUAUGCCUUUCUCACUUACUCAGCACCACGUAUAUCUUGGGUACGAGGCAAUACAUCCAUCCAAGAAACAGGUCAGAAAGAAACCAGGCAUGGAGUUCUCUAUUCUCUUAGAAGUGACCAGAACAUUAUAAACACAGGCGAGCCUUAUUAUUGUCAUAUUCAACUGCCUGAUGAAGAGUGGACUGCAGAAUGGAAGAUGCAAGACCAACUGUCUCAUGUGAAAGGAAGUAGCACUGCAAUUCCUUGUGGAUAUAGCAAUGAGACUGCUAUCAGUGAAGGUUUCAGUGUUGUCUGGACAUUGCACAGAAAUGCAGCGAUUUCAGUCCUGGCCUUCUUCAAUGGCACAUCUCACUCUUACCAACCUCGAGUCCAGAUUAAUCAAAGUGAUUUUUCACUGAUCUUGAAUGAUCUUACUGCGAACGACAGUGGAGAAUAUCUGUGCAAUGUUUCAACACCUCACUACACAAAACUUACUGUGAGAACUUUGGAAGUUGAAAAUUCAGGUAACGCCUGGAAAAUUGUCACAGGAGUGACUGUGGCGCUGGUAGCAGGAGUCUGUCUCUGCCUCUUGUGCAAGAAAUGCAAAAGAAGAGAAGUCAUAUGAGCACCUUGACAUAGUGGGAGAAAAUCCCUCUGCACACACAAAUGCUGCUGAAAAGAACAAAGAAUUCCUUCACCUUUCUUGCUGAGUUACAUGAAAAGCCACAUGGAAAUGUGAUUAUCUGAGCAACAGUAACAAACAAUAGAACUGGUAAGAAAAAAAAUAAAUGUAAGUCAGUUGACCCUUGAAUGUGAGGAGUCAGCACGGAAAAUUAGAACUUGGAUAUCCUAAAGCGACAGUGAAGAACUUUCCACAGAAAAAUAAUCAGUUUUGUGGGACUUUCUUUUUCUUCCCAGUAUAAGGGAAAGAGAGAACUUACUGUUUUGCACUUCAUAUAGUAUUUUAAUUUCAAGCAAAGACAAUGUACCUGUUCAAAAGUGGAAAAGAUCUAAGAGAACACCCCAUUUCUGAGCCACAGGCAGUCCUGAUGCAUCUCCUAUCUCUUCUGCAGCUGGUGAACAAAAGUGCUUUGUCUGGGAGUAGUGGAAGCUUCUAAACUGUUUAUAGGCAAAAGUUUACUUUCUGCUUUCCUACAAAACUCAUACAGACUCCGACUGGCAGGACAGAUGGAAGCUGGGUUAUCCCAGGCUUAAUGUUGUCCCCUGCACAGCUUUAAUCUGUGCUGCUUUAACAAUCUGCAUGUGAAAUACAUAAGGCUGCGAAGCAUGACUGGAUUUGCCCUUGGUUUUGAUUUUGUCAGAGAUCUGCCAAUUAGGAUUUGUUCCAACAUAAUGAAGUGGGCUGUUGGCAAGAUGUAAUCUUUUAUUGAUCCCUGAGGCUUGGCAAAAUAGAAAUAUAAAUAAAUGAAUGAAUACACUAUA